CGUUCAGUCUGACAUCCUCUCUCAAAGUGUUUCCUCAUUGGGAGCUACAAGUGUUUGGCUUGGUGUCUUUUGUCUUCUUAAGUAUUCACGAUAAUCAAUCAAUCACUUUGAAGACUAUAAGUAGCAAAAUAGGGCUCGCAGAUACCGCCAUAUUGGAUAUAAUGGCUGCCAAUAUACAACAGCAGCGCGCCGUUAAUGAUCAAUUAAAGCGUGAGGUUGAUAUGCGGCGUCAUCAAGUAUCUGAAUCUUGUAAGUUGAUGAUCAAAUAUAUGAAUGAACAUGAGAAUGAAGAUUGCCUAUUGACUGGCUUUAACAGUCAAAAAAUAAAUCCAUUUAGGGAGAAAAGUUCCUGCAUUGUUUUAUAAAAAAUUGAUUAAAAAGUUCAUUAGAAACUGUGCUCAAUUGUAUCGCAGUUUCCUUUCUUUAAGGAUAAAUAAAUUAUAUAUUGAAAAAAACUUUUAAGGCAAAACUCUUAAAAAUAUGAAUCCUUAGUAGAUUAGAAAAAAAUUUCGUGAUCUAAAAUAUUUCUUUUAUGUCAAAAGUGGAAAGCGAAAUAUUUGAAUAUUAGAACUAUUAGUUUUUAAAUUACUUAAGAGUUACAAAUUUUCCUGUGAGAAGCAGUAGAUUUCAUUGUGUUUUAAAGAAAUGCAUUUAAAUACAUUAUAUAUAAUUGUUUUCUCCUUUCUUUAUGGAUAUCUUACAAAAUAUUAUAUAUAUAUGUGAAAAAAUGUUUUCUCUAAUCAACCUCACUUAGUUACAUUUUCUGAUUGACCAGAUAUUUCAAAGCAAAGGUUUAUUACUAGAUAUUAAAUAUUAUUUGCUUUGAUCCAUCAAAAGUUUAUAUAUUGUUAAUAACUCUGUAGUACAAUAUAAAUCUGAAUACUUAUCCAUAAAAAACGGACUAAUUCAAGUAAUCUAUAAUACUUGUACCAAAUUUUAAUUCGGAUCCCGUUUUAAUUUGUAAAACAUUGGCGAAGACACAUCGAUUUUAAUGUUUGCUUAGACGGACAUAUUUAUAAAGGACUCAAAGACGGAUCAUGCCUACUUUUUUUUGAAUCGGCGUUCAAAUUAUGAAUAAAAAUUGAAAGAAGAAUUAAAACUAAUCAAAUACAUUCUAACUGCCAACAUUUUUACCGCUUUGGGAUUAUAAGCAGGAAGCAAGACGGCGCUUGGUUGGGCGAAGGGCGAACAAGCGGACAUGACUAUUACGGAUAAAAAUCUUGAAGAGAACUUUCUUUUUCCGACUUGAAGAUUUUUUUUUUUAUUUUUCAUUUGCACCGUAGGCCUCUUAAAGAAUAUAGAUCACCGAUUCGUCUUUGUUUUUUGUUGAGAAACACUCAAAAUAUUGCUGCUAGGCAAAUAAGUAAGAGAAAUCGUAGUCAAUUUUAAGUGAUAAUAUUCAUAAUACUUUUUUUAAAAGUUUUAAUAAUAAUUCUUAAUUUCGUAAUUAUCUUCGUAACAAUUCGAUUCGGCGGGCAAUUUUUAUACCCAUCAAUGAAUGAAGCAUAGGGACAUAGUCUUUUUUCCAACAUAUCUGCAAUAUACAGAAUGAGACCCCUUGAUAUAUGCAUAUUGCUAAUCAGCAACACUUUCUGGAGAUAUUUAAGCAUGUUUGUCAGUGUAAUGUUGUCCUGGUCGCAAAACUUAAGCUAAGUUAAGUUGACGGAAACAUUGCAAUUUUUUGCACGUACGUUGGUAUUAAAAAUGGUCAAGUAUAAAAAAGUCAUAGUAUAAUUUAAAUUGAGAACAUCCCUGUUAUAUAAAAAUAAAAAAAAUUGACUUCUUUCCCACCGCUCAUCAUCAUACAACAGAUAUAGCGAAAAAUAGAAAAGCUAGCCACUCUCAUCGCAUAAUUAUAGAGUAUUGAGAUUUAAUUUUUUUUUUAUUUCGGUAAAAAAAAGGAAGUGAUGGGUAUAAAAAAUUCGGCCACGGCCAAAUAUAAUUUUCUUACUUGUUACUAAUUGAUUAAUUACUCCCAUGUUCUUGCAUGGUUAACUAUAACCAAUUAUUUGAAAAAGGUUAAACAAAAAAAUCCAACCUGAAAUGAAAAGAAAAAUAAAAAAAAACCGUCUACUAAUGCAGCUCUCAAUAAAAAAUAUUUAAAAAAAAUAUUUUGUAAACAAUUUAAAUAAUAUAGAAAUCGAUAUAUUUGUAUUACUAUUUAAGUACUUAGCUCUUUAUUGGAGUAGACUUUAGAAAAAAGAGAAAUAAGAAAAAAACUUAUGAUCAAAAAAAUUUGAAUUGAACUAAUGAAAAUGAGAAUAUACUAUGUGUAGCUAAUGUGAACUAUAAAACAAUCCUCAAACUGAAUGUAAUAAACAAGAAAUGAAUGUAUUAAAAAAAAAAACUUUUUUUUUUUUAGUAAAUCUUCUCAUAUGUCGCUUAAUUAAGGGUUUGA